CUUCUUCCCGCGGAUUCGUUUUUGGCGCAAAUCCGGAUCGAUUCCGCUCGAGCAUCAGUUCGGCACGCCAUCUGAGCAGGUGGAUCUGUCUGAUUCUGCGAGGCAUCCAUGGAGGAUGAUGCUGAGUUUCCCGGCAAUAUUCCUCCUUCAUUCGAUCGCGUGACUUUUAUGAUCCAAAAAAUGAUUCUCCGAAGAACUCAUCUAUCAAGAGGACAAGUGCAAAAGUUUCACAUCGCGUAAAUUAAGAUAUAUAAGACAAACUUUAUCUUGUUCUCAUUUCUCACGAUUUCUCAAAUGCGUGGAGACUCGCUUUUUCCUGUUAUCACUAUUACAAGGAUUGCUCUUGGACAAUUGGGGGAUAUGAUCAAGAAGUCUGAAACCCAAGGGUUCAACCCAGGCUUAGUAGUCCUUCUGCUUGUUGGUGGGCUGCUAUUGACAUUCCUCGUUGGAAAUUAUAUACUUUACUCGCUUGCACAGAAGACCCUCCCUCCCAGAAAAAAGAAGCCAGUCUCCAAGAAAAAGAUGAAAAGGGAGAGACUGAAGCAAGGUGUCUCCGCACCUGGAGAGUAGGGAGGUGGAAAUCACUUAAGGUUCUGUGUUGUUAAACUGAAGUCCUUAGAUUUUUUUUUUUCUCCCUUUUUUGUUUGUUAUUGGCCGUUCUUUAGUCUUUUCUCAGUUUUGAAUCUGCAUGUCCCUUUUGUUGAUAUUACCACUUAAAUUGGUCGUUUGCCAAUGUAUUAGGAAGUUGGAAGAGGCCGUAUCACGCUUGAGUCAUCAUUUUUCUCGCCCUAAUUAUUUCUUUCGGUUUAAGCAAAGCGUGAGGAUUGAGCCACAUAGCUAUGCCCUGAUUGGGGCUCCAGGAGCUCUUAAAUAGCCAUGCAAUGUGGCGUUUAGCUUGGAACUUGGAUGUUGUGACUUUAAAGUCUCUGACCCCGAUUUAACAAGAGAAGAAAAGGAAGGGUUCCCCUACAAGACCUCCUUUUUGACAGCAUUCUACGCACAUGGUCCUCCUUAAAGCUAGAAAAGGUUCGAAAAUGGAGUGUUUGAUGGUCUAAGGUGUUAGAAGAUAGAGACUUCGAAUUCCAAGGAUAUUAUGAGGAGGAGCAUUCAUAGAUGCUUUGAAGACAAUCACUGCAGAGACAGGGAGACAGGGAUCCGUAAAUGAAGGAGGGAUUUGGAUUAAAGGACGUUAAUUGCAGCUGUAAGCUGGGUUCCUGCCCGCACAAUUAAGCUGGGAUCACGAACGCGGGGGAACAACAAUGCAUGCGGAUUAUGGGAAUACAAAGAUUACUGAUGCUGGAUACAAACGCUAUUCUCACUGUUUAUGCUGCGGAUUGUAAUGCAUUUUACAUCUUUUAUCGCGUUAGCAUUAGAAAUUCAGAAAGUUUACACAA